AUGCAUUGUACGCACAUGCCGAGAUGGUGGGGAAGAAAUUCCUUAGUGCGAAGUUUUUUCUCGAAUCUCGGAAUUCGGACUUCAGAUUUCGGAAUUUGGGACGCGACGACUUUGGUCGGCCUCCAAAAUCUGAAGGAAUACUUUUGCCGGUUUGGACGCGAUGACUUCGUCGACUUAUUCCGUGUUAUGAGUCUGAGAGAUCAGAAACAUGCGAAGUUUUAUCUCGACUUUCUUCGACUUCGUCCUCCAGACCUCGGACCUUUCGGGCUCACCCAAAAUCUGAAGGCAUUCCCAUCGGUUCGGACGCGACGGCUUUGCGCCGGCUUACUCCUCAUGGAUGAUCAGUCCGUUUACUUUGAUUUUUGUUUCUCUCGGGCUCGGCACUUUGGCGAGACCGGUUUUCUCGGGAUCGUGCUUUGA